CCCAGCUCCAGUUUAGUCACAAAUAUUUCGCUUGCUUCCUAAAUACCAGCUCAGUCCAUUUACUAAUCUGCUGUUCCUUAGAUUACGACUUGUUUGUAGAGGAAAUAACCCGAGGGUUAAAUUAUCCAAUGAGAUGCACCUGGCAUGCUGCUUUAAGAAAAUGUAACGCGAGCCAUUUUCUGAAUAUUUUCUGUGGCGUGUAAGUUUACAACUGAAAGGUGGUUACAAGGCGUCGCUUUAGUGUAGGAUGAGCUUACAAAGUCCUCAAUGUACACUACCCAUAAAACUGAGCAUCUUGGGACUGACCUUUUUAAUCACUAUUUUAUGGGUAUUACUGCUGGAUCUAGCAGGGUGGAGGUUUGCCAGCUACUAUUACCAAGAUAUUUCCUUAAAGCCUAGAUACAGAGGCAGUGUGGAUGGUAAUUACAGUAGCAUCUGGCAUAUACGGACGUAUACCUCUAUACCACCCUUUGAAAGGGCUUUAGCGUUAUCUGGAGAUGCCAGAUGUCCCUCUGGGUUCUACAGCACGGAGGAGCUCAAGCCUCAUAUACAGAGGCCUCUGGAGGAUCCAGAAGGACCUGGAGCUGAUGGAAAGCCCUUCAUCUCUGGCUUAUUGACACCUGCAGAGCUGAUGGAGAAGCAGAAGGGCCUUUCUAGAAACGGCUUCAACCAGUUUGCCAGCGACCGCAUCUCCUUCCACCGCAGUCUUGGUGUAGACACACGCCCCCUCGAAUGCGUUGAGCAGAAGUUCAGCAGAUGUCCACGGUUACCCUCCACCAGCGUGAUUAUUGUGUUCCACAAUGAGGCGUGGUCCACUCUUCUCCGCACCAUCUGCAGUGUCUUACAUACUUCACCUGCUGUUUUACUUAAAGAAAUCAUACUGGUGGAUGAUGCAAGUACUCAAGAUCAUCUCAAAGCCCCAUUAGAUCAGUAUGUCCAGUCCCUUGAGACUGUGCGUGUCCUGAGGCAGCGUGAGAGGAAGGGUCUAAUCUCUGCCAGACUGAUGGGUGCACGAGAGGCUGGAGGAGAGGUGCUUGCCUUCCUGUUGGCCUUGCUGCGGUUAUCUCGGUUUGUUGUCAAUCUUUGUCUUCUGGACAACUGCCAGAUCAACAGUGAGUGUUUCUAUGGUUGGUUGGAGCCCCUGUUGGCCCGGUUAGUUCAGGAACCUACCACAGUUGUGAGCCCAAGCAUUGCUGUCAUCAACAAGAACAAUCUACAGUUCGUUAAGCCAGUGGUGUCGGCCCGCACACACUCUCGCGGGAACUUUGACUGGAUCCUGAGCUUCGGCUGGGAGACAAUACCUGAAGAAGAGAGAGUGAAACGCAAAGAUGAAACUUAUCCAGUCAGGACACCCACAAUUGCUGGUGGGCUUUUUGCUAUUUACAAGCAGUUCUUUGAACAUGUUGGAACUUAUGAUGACAAGAUGGAGUUUUGGGGAGCAGAGAACAUAGAAAUGUCAUUUAGGGUAUGGUUGUGUGGAGGUAGGCUAGAGAUCAUUCCUUGUUCUGUGGUCGGCCACAUCUUUCGCACCAGAAGUCCACAUUCCUUCUCUAAAGGUAUAGAUGUGAUUGCACGCAACCAGGUUCGCCUCGCAGAAGUCUGGAUGAAUGAUUACAAGAAGAUUUUCUACAACAGAAAUAAAAAAGCUGCUUCUAUUGCAGCAGGGAAAUCAUACGGGGACAUCAGUGAGCGGCUACGGCUCAAAGAAAGACUGAAUUGCAAAAACUUCUCCUGGUUCCUCGAAAACGUUUACCCUGAGGCUUUUGUGCCCCAUUUAAACCCUGUGCUGUUCGGAUCGUUAAAGAACAUUGCCACAAACACUUGUCUUGAUAUUGGUGAAAAGAAUUUUGGAGGGAAGUCGGUGAUUUUAUUCAUUUGCCACAACAUGGGAAUCAAUCAGUAUUUUGAGUACACGUCACAUCAGGAGCUGAGGCAUAAUAUUGAUAAGCAGCUGUGUCUGCAUGCAACGAUCGAGCCUGAACCCGUGCGAGUGGAGCUGUGCAACUUUCAGGGCGAAGGAACCGUCCCAGCUCCACAGCAGACGUGGACUUUCAUUCUUGCUUCCCAACAGAUAUAUCUUGUCCACAAUGCUCUAUUUAAUAAGUGUCUAAUGGUGGAGUUUGGCAACAUCAUCAUGAAAAACUGUGACCCUGCCAACAAUUAUCAGCACUGGUCUUUCAUCUGAUAUGAAGUCAAAAGGGGCUCGUCCUCCAUCAGAUUACCCGAUUCCUUUUUUUUGUAAUGAAACUGAAGUUUAAGGAAUAGUUAAUCAAAUAUCGCUGUUUUGCACUAUUGUACGUUUUCUAAAUCUGUCAACUGAAUCUGAAUAGAUUAAAUGUAAUAAAAUCAUUGUUUGUCAAAUAAUGCGCACUUUUAACUAACAGUUCUGUUUCUCGCAUUGAAAGCUGAUUAGCAUUUGAUCGUUGUAUUUAUUAAAUAAAAGCUGAUGAUGCAUUAAAAUGUCUUUGUGAGCAAGUUCACUUAAAAAUCCUAUCGAGUAUGUACAUUAACGCAAGGUGGCGCUAAAGCAAUAUAAUAAAAUUGUGUAUUAUUAUGUUCUGCGUGCAGCUGUUAACAAAAUGCUAAAUGUCUAAAUCAUUACAGUAGCUUUAUGCUAAAUAUAUAUGCGAAUAUGUCUAAUCG